AUGCGACCGGUUGUUGCCCAUAACAGGGCUGGGAUAACAACUUACGGGCAUGCCGAGGACGGUCUUCUCGGCCUGGUUAACGUCACCCUUGGCCAUGUUGACGGCUGUGAAGGACGAAAACUAAGAAAGAAGCGAAGAGAGGAGAUGGGGUUGAGUGUCAAGGAAGAACAGGACACUUCAAAGAGGAUGGGAGGAGAAAAAAGAGGAAGGGGAACGGGAAGGGAAAGGGAGGAAAGAAAAAUAGCGAGCGAAGGGCUCUUGUAA